UGGUCCAACUGAACGAAUGUUCUUCGGCCAGUUGUUAUAGAUCAAUGUCGACAGAGGGAGAUGAGCGAUUGGUGAUCCCGGUCGCUUUCAUGGUGUCUGCAGUGAUAUUAAUGACGUUCUGGUAGAGGCUCUAAAGUCUGUGCGCGCUGCCACGGAUCAAUUUUGGAGUCGCCAGCAGCGCGCCCUAGCCAGGACACAAGACACACGAUCUGCUGGACUGGUUGCAUCUUGUCCUUACGUUUUAACUUUACUGCUUUUUUUUGUUUUAGUCAUUAUUUUGGUUAUUUUUAAGAGUGUUUGGAUUUUGUGUGUGCGUGUGUGUGUGUGUGUCGCUCUGAUCAGAAGGAAUUACCGUUUGCGCAUGGGGCAGAAAUGGUUUGGGGCACUGGACGUUUUGCCCUGCACCCGCUCCCCUGAACUCCCGUCUUUAAAUUUGCAUCAUACUUUUAACUGAACUCUGCAGGAGGUUUCAGACGACCGGAGGAAAUGGCUCACGAGCGGAAACCGCGGCUUUGUAUCAUGACAAAAGGGGAGAACGGGUAUGGAUUUCACUUGCAUGGCGAGAAAGGCAAAAGCGGGCAGUUCAUCCGCAAAGUGGAGCCCGACUCCCCUGCAGAAGCAGCUGGCUUGCUGGCCGGGGACCGAGUAGUUGCAGUGAAUGGAGUAAACGUGGAGAGAGAGACGCAUCACCAGGUGGUACAGCGGAUCAAAGCAGUGGAACAAGAAACCAGGUUGCUGGUGGUCGACCAUGAGACACAUGAAAGUCUGCGCAGUCUGCGCCUCACAGCCACAGAGGAGAUGGCCAUUCUUGGGACCGGGGCUCCUACCUCCUCCUCCUCUCCUCCAGCCUCCCCUUCUCCUGCACCAUCCUCGACCCCCUCCUCCCCUGCCAAGAAGAGGGAGAAUGGUUCAGUGUCCAAGCAGCCCAUCGCACAGAGCAGCCAGGUACAGAAGCCCACCAGGAGGUCUCCAUCAAAGGCUGCAAAGAAGGAGGAACUUGCACAGGCAGAAGCUCACACUCAGGCCCAGGCCCAGUCCCAGUCCCAGUCCCAGUUCCAGUCCCAGUCCCAGUCCCAGUCUCAGCCCCGGCCCCAGGUUGACCCAUCUGAGCUCGUUCCACGCCUGUGCCACCUUGUCCGGGCUGAGACGGGUUACGGCUUCAACCUCCACAGCGAUCGUUCACGCCCCGGCCAGUACAUCCGUUCCCUGGACCCAAGAUCGCCAGCAGAUUGCGCUGGACUCCAACCUCAAGACAGACUUGUUGAGGUGAAUGGUGUGAACAUAGAGGGCAUGCGGCAUGCAGAGGUAGUGGCCUUCAUAAAGAAAGGGGGAGCUGAAACCUGGCUAUUGGUGGUGGAUCCAGAUACAGAUGAACACUUCAAAAGGAUGGGAGUGGUCCCCACAUUCAGCCACGUCAAAGAUUAUGACGGUCCAUCCAUAUCCAAUGGUUCCCCCAGCCCUCAGAUCAAUGGCAGCUCCACCACGCAGUCUAUCAGGUCCACACGCUCUGACAUCAGCAGCCAGGGCAACAGCACGCAGCUGGCGGAUGACGAAGGCGGCCGGCUCUUGGACCCGUUCGCUCUGAUGGGCCUGACACUGAGCGCUACGGCAGCAGAGGAAAAGAUAAAGGUCCAUGCCAAGGAAAAGAAGAAAGCGCCACAGAUGGACUGGAUGAAGAAAUACGAGCUGUUCAGUAAUUUCUAAAACAUUCCUCUUCAACAACAUUACAAAGACCAAAGGACGGAGCUCUCUGCAGCCUCAAGUUGCCACAGAGAACCAAGACGACAAAUACAGCAGAUAAUCAUAAAUUACUGGAAUAAAUGUGACAUUUUGAAGCCACAUCAAAACCUAUUUGACUUGUACUCUUCCAUUGACACAAUGAAAGUGCUGAAUAACUGCAAAACUGUGUUUAUUUUGAUCAAAUCACAGUGCUCAGAAGAAAGAUCAUCUUGAAAACCUUUACACAUGGACUGCUAUCAGAUGAGACAUUUCUGACAUGACUAAUGCAAAUUUUCCCUGUUCCUCAACAUUUUUUCUUUACUUUAUUAAUCCCAUUUCCCCCUUCUCGUUUAGAGACUCAUUACAACAGCUAUUUUUAUAUUUAAAAGCUAUUAACAGCUAUAAAUAAAGACUAUCCCAUGAGGAUGGACUGCCUUUUGAAGAGGUUUAUGGACACUGUGACGUCAACGAUUGUGGAUAUUCUGGGAGUUUUUAACCAUCGGUCAGAAGAUACCCAAAGCUGGCAGAAGAUCACUGUGAAAGGGUCAAAAUCUUCCACCUUCAUCCAAUGCAUUCCUUUUUUUGGCAAAGGAUGCUUUUGUCUUGUGUGUCCUACAUGUAUUUGUAUCUUCCCAUUAAUUAAUGAACUCAUCAUCAGUGUAAGCCCAUAUGCAGAAGCUGAACCACCUCAGAUCACCGCUUAUGCUCAAAAAGAAUGUCUCACUUAUUUAACACUACUAGUUAAAAAGAAAAUCUAAUUCCCACAUGGAUAAUAAAGGGAGGCACUGUUAACAUUAAAGGAGUGCAGGCAUAUGAAAGGAAGUCAAGUCUGUCGGUGGAUGCAUUUGCAGGCAUGUUGUGUACAGCAGGGGGCAUAGCUACAUCACAAAUAGAGAGGCUUUCUGCUAGUUAAACAAAUUAAAAGUUGAUCCAAAGGUCAUUCAUCAACUCAUAACGUCCAAGAAACCCAAGGCACAUUGAAGUUUCAGUAUAUUCCCAGUGGUAGAUCAGGAAAGGCUCAAACAGAGGCUGUGAUUUAAAAGGGAUGUGAAUUAAGCUUUAUGUGGUCGCUAUUUAAAAUGUUUGAUUUAAACGCAAGUUGUCAAAAGUGAAAGUUUGUUAUGACUGCGUAAAAACAUGUGGAUGGAAAAUGUAAUUGCAGGCCAAGUACCCUAUGUUAAUAAGUCAGUAUUAAGUAUUCUCUCUCUUUUAUAGAAAGAAAUAUGAGGAUUUUAAGGGAAUUUCUCAGAAUAUGAUAGUCGAGGAAAUGCACAGUCUUUCUUUGUGGAAUGAGAAGAGAAAAAAAAAAGGAUAAAUGAGUUUCAUCAGUGGUAAAGCUGUCUUGGAAGAAGGUAGUGUAACUCCUGAAGAAAGUUUGCUUAUACUAUAAUGUUGAACCGUUCUUUUCAAUAAACAAAGGCCGGGAUCUGUGCUUAAAGGAUAUUGGAGGGCAAAAGCCCAAAGGGGGUUUAGGUAUUGAAUCGGCUAAAAUGUGAGCAGAGUUUUCGGCAGGUUUUGGGGUGAAGAGAGUGUCGGAGAAGCUCACAGUGAGGUCAGAGAUGCUCUGGAGGAUCUUGUGAAAGAGACUGUGGGAGCCAUGGAGAUUACUGGGGAUUAUUAUGCACACAGGAACAGCUGUCAUACACAUGCUCACACAAGUUUGUGUGUUGAGGAAGGUAUACAUGCAGUAAUCCAAGCAAUGUUAAUGUAGUGCAUUACAGUAAGUGGAUCAGAGUUAUGUGUAGUCUUUUUUUGUUUUUUUUGUACUCAUUCACACACUCAGUUUUCCACCCUUCAUUCAUAUGUGAACAUCAGUCUGUGCAGCAGAGUUCGCUCUGCAUGCUCCCACAGUCACAGCAAAGCAAUCUCUGUCACUGUUGCUGAUGUAUAUACAGUAAAAUCAAAUAGUAUAUGUUGCAGGUUGCAUUUUUCAAUAAAGUGUGACAAUUGCA